GGCUGCUGCCGCGUACGCAGUUUCCAUGGGGACUGAAGAUGGCGCCGCGAGGUAACCGGUUGUCCUCAACCCCCCUGGAAAUCCUGUUCUUCCUGAAUGGGUGGUAUUAUGCUACCUAUUUCCUGCUGGAACUCUUCAUAUUCCUCUAUAAAGGUCUCCUGCUGCCAUAUCCAACAGCCAACCUAGGAUUGGAUGUGGUGAUGCUCCUCCUUUAUCUUGGAAUUGAAGUAAUUCGACUGUUUUUUGGUACAAAGGGAAACCUCUGCCAGCGAAAGAUGCCACUUGGCAUUAGUGUGGCCUUGACCUUCCCUUCCGCCAUGAUGGCCUCCUAUUAUCUGCUGCUGCAGACCUAUGUGCUCCGCCUGGAAGCCAUCAUGAACGGCAUCUUGCUCUUCUUCUGUGGCUCAGAGCUGCUGCUUGAGGUGCUUACCCUGGCCGCUUUCUCCAGUAUGGACAGGAUUUGAAGUACAAAAAUUUCAGCGUGCAACACCACACAUACCUACUUCUGGUACUAUUGCCUGCGCCUCUGAGAAGCGGUGGGUCACAUUGGCCUGGAAAGGCUGUGCGACUUUUCCUCAGCACUGACCUUUGGGCAGUGAGCCCACAUAAGGCCAGGACUGUCAGCCUCAGAGACUCUUCUACACUCCAUUCCUAGGAGAGGCAAAGCUAUCCCCAUCCUGGCCUAUCCCAGAACAAUUUCCUGCUGACCUCAAGUCUCCUCUUUGACUUUUGUGACUAGAGCAUCUUGUGUGGACCAUCCAGACUCCUUGGGCUUCCCGCAGGACCUGAGCAAUAUACUCCCCAUACAUGCUGUGCCACACCUGUCCUGUGCACGCACAGAGAGCCUCAUGGUGGUGGGCUCCGGGAGUGGUGCAAAGCCUCCUACCCCAUCUCUCAAGACACUGAGCUCCAGAACCUUUGUAGUAACUUAUGGUAUUAUUUUUCUACUCUGAUCAUGAAGCAAACACUAUUUUAUAAUAAAUGUGUAUUUUUGGUUGUG